ACACGUACCGCAGACGUCCCGCCGUCAGGCCCACCCAUCAAAACCUUCCGGGCUGUCUUUUUUGCGGUUAGCGGUGACAACUUGAACUCUGUUCGUACGGAAGGCCGGCAACGACAAGUACAUAAGGCGGGUCCUUGAGGACCCGUGCUUCCCCAAAGUAAGAGGAUGGCCCAUUUCUCUGGCGAGGACGAAGUGGUGAUGCAGACGAUGCUGAGGCAGUUGUUCCAGAGCGUAAAAGAGAAGAUCACGGGUGCCCCCUCUCUGGAGUGCGCCGAGGAAAUCCUCUUACAUCUGGAGGAAACUGAUGAAAAUUUUCACAACUAUGAAUUUGUGAAAUAUCUUAGACAGCAUAUAUAUAACACUUUGGGGUCCAUGAUUGAAGAAGAAAUGGAAAAAUGGAUGUCUAAUCAGAAUCAGGAUGAAGAAUCUGGCUAUGACACAGUUGUACAGCAUGUUACUAAAAGAACCCAGGAAUCUAAAGAAUACAAAGAAAUGAUGCAUUCCCUGAAGAACAUCAUGAUGGUAGUGGUGGAAUCUAUGAUUAACAAGUUUGAAGAAGAUGAGGUACGGAGUCAAGAGAGUCAGAAAAAAAUCCAGAAGGAGAAGAGCAACAGUUACUGCACAGACAAUUGCUCUGAUAGUGAUUCAUCUUUCAAUCAGAGUUACAAAUUUUGUCAAGGAAAAUUACAAUUGAUUUUAGACCAGUUGGAGCCUGGGCAACCUAAAGAGGUGAGAUAUGAAGCCUUGCAAAUGUUAUGUUCAGCUCCUCCAUCUGACGUACUGAAUUGUGAAAAUUGGACCACUCUCUGUGAAAAACUGACAAUGUCUCUUUCAGAUCCUGAUCCUGUGUUUAGUGACCGGAUUUUAAAAUUCUAUGCACAGACAUUUACUCUUUCACCAUUACAUAUGACCAAGGAAAUUUAUACAAGCUUAGCUAAAUAUUUGAAGUUAUACUUUCUUUCUAGAGAAAAUCAUAUUCCUACUCUGUCAACUGGUAUAGAUAUAAGUAAUCCUAAUGUGAUCUGCUUACUUAAAAAGGUUCGUCUUCUAAAUGAAUAUCAGAAAGAGGCUCCAUCUUUCUGGAUUCGUCACCCAGAAAAGUAUAUGGAAGAGAUUGUGGAGAAUACUUUGUCCUUAUUAUCCGUUAAACAUGAUCAGGGCCAUCUUGUCUCACAAAAGAUUUUGGAUCCAAUCUACUUUUUUGCAUUGGUUGAUACCAAAGCUGUGUGGUUCAAAAAGUGGAUGCAUGCAUAUUAUAGCAGAACUGCAGUACUAAGACUUCUUGAAAAGAAAUAUAAAUCUUUGAUAACUACAGCAGUUCAGCAGUGUGUUCAGUACUUUGAGUUGUGUGAGGCCAUGCAAAUCGAUGAAAUUUUGGGUCAUUCAAAGCAUUGUGGGAACAAACAGAAAACCUUCUACUAUUCAGGACAAGAAUUACAAUAUAUUUAUUUCAUUCACUCACUGUGCCUUUUAGGAAGAUUAUUGAUUUAUACACAAGGCAGACGGCUAUUUCCUAUAAAGCUGAAGAAUAGAAAAGAUUUAGUAUCCCUUACAGAUCUUGUGGUUUUGUUUACCCAACUUAUCUAUUACUCACCAAGUUGUCCAAAGAUGACAUCUGCUGCACAUCUAGAUAAUUACUCUCCUGCAAGUAUGGUGACUGAAGUUCUUCAGAUACUCUGUGAUCAGAAAGAAUGUGCAGUUGAAUGCUUGUAUAACAACACUGUGGUUGAGGCACUUCUUCAGCCUAUUCAUAACUUAAUGAAAGGAACUAAGACUGCUCCAAAUUGCUCUGAAACCGCUUUAAUUCACAUAGCUGAUAUAUUGGCAAGAAUAGCGUCUAUAGAAGAAGGACUUACCUUACUUCUUUAUGGAGAAAAUAUGAACUCUUCUGGAGAAAAAAGUUCUACAGGUGCUCAUAUAAUUGCCCAGUUUUCGAAAAAACUUCUUGAUGAAGACAUUUCUAUUUUUUCUGGUUCGGAAAUGUUGCCUGUGGUUAAAGGAGCUUUUAUUUCUGUGUGUCGUCAAAUAUAUGGUACAUGUGAAGGCUUACAGGUGUUAAUUCCUUAUAGUUUGCAUGAGUCUAUAGCAAAAGCAUGGAAGAAGACAAGUUUGCAAUCAGAAAGAACUCCUACUCCAGUAAAGUGCUUGGAAUCUGUUUCUUCAGUAAGCCAGGAAUCCCAAAACCUUAUGGCUUGGGAAGAGAAUUUGUUAGAUGAUUUACUAAAUUUUGCUGCCACUCCCAAAGGACUACUAUUUCUUCAAAGAACAGGUGCCAUCAACGAAUGUCUGACAUUUAUGUUCAACCGAUACGCAAAAAAAUUACAGAUCAGCAGGCAUAAAAAGUUUGGCUAUGGAGUUUUGGUUACACAAGUGUCAUCAACAGCAGCAGGUGCAGUGGCACUACAAAGUUCAGGGUUUAUUAAUGCACUUAUAACUGAAUUAUGGGCCAAUCUGGAAUGUGGAAGAGAUGAUGUUAGAGUAACCCAUCCCAGAUCUACUCCAGUGGAUCCUAUUGACCGGAGCUGUCAAAAGUGUUUUCUAGGACUGGUGAACUUGUUACCUUAUCCUGCUGUUUAUGAGCUGGUAGGCAAUCGAGAGCUUCCUAAUAAAGCAGAAUAUUCUCUUCGUGAAGUCCCAACAUGUGUUAUUGAUAUUAUAGAUAGACUUAUACUUUUGAAUUCAGAAGCGAAGAUUCGUUCUUUAUUCAACUAUGAACAGUCACACAUCUUUGGUCUAAGGUUAUUAGGUGUGGUAUGCUGUGAUCUAGACACUCUUCUCCUAUUGGAAGCUCAGUAUCAAGUAUCUGAAGUGUUACUGAAUGCUCAAGAAGAAAAUAUCUUAGAGAACUCUGAAAGCCACAGGGAUUUUAUAAUUGAUGGCUUAUCUGUAGAGAGAAAUCAUGUUCUUGUUAGAAUAAAUUUGAUUGGUGGGCCUAUGGAACGAAUUCUGCCACCAAGGGUACUACAGAAGGGUGAUGAUCCGUAUCCUUGGCCAAUGUUUUCAUCAUAUCCUUUACCAAACUGCUACCUGUCAGAAGUUACAAAAAAUGCUGAUCUAAAACAAGACAAUGAUCUUGGCAAACUUUUAUUAUGCUUCAAAAUGUCUGACAAACAAACUGAGUGGAUAGAAAACUGCCGAAAACAGUUUUGCAAAAUGAUGAAGGCUAAACCUGAUAUAAUCAGUGGAAGUGCUUUACCAGAAUUGCUUGAAAAAUUUGUGCUUCAUCUCUCUGAAAGCCCAUCUGAAUGUUACUUCCCCUCAGUGGAAUAUACAGCUACUGAUGCAAAUGUGAAGAACGAAAGUCUUUCAUCUGUGCAGCAGCUUGGCAUUAAAAUGACUGUCAGGUAUGGCAAGUUCCUCAACCUGUUGAAAGACAGUGCAGAAAAUGAUCUUACGUUGGUUUUAAAGCACUGUGAGAGAUUCCUGAAACAGCAGCAAGUACCCAUAAAAUCUUCUCUUCUCUGCCUGCAGGGGAGUUAUGCUGGCCAUGACUGGUUUGUAUCUUCUUUGUUCAUGAUAAUGUGCGGGGACAAAGAGAAAACAUUCAGAUUUCUUCAUCAGUUCUCCAGGCUUCUGACCUCUGCUUUCCUUUGGUUGCCAAGACUACACAUUUCUAGGUACCUACCUGCUGACACUAUAGAAUCUGGCAUCCAUCCGAUAUACUUUUGCAGCACUCAUUAUAUUGAAAUGCUCCUGAAGGUGGAGGUGCCACUUGUGUUUUCAGCUUUUCACAUGUCUGGUUUUGCACCAUCCCAGAUAUGCCUACAGUGGAUAACUCAGUGUUUUUGGAAUUAUUUAGAUUGGAUAGAAAUCUGCCAUUAUAUUGCUACUUGUGUUUUCCUUGGUCCUGAUUACCAAGUGUAUAUCUGUAUAGCUAUAUUCAAACACUUACAACAAGACAUUCUGCAGCACACUCAGACUCAAGAUCUGCAGGUUUUCCUAAAAGAAGAAGCACUGCAUGGGUUUCGAGUGAGUGAUUACUUUGAAUACAUGGAGAUUUUGGAACAAAACUACCGACCAGUGGUGCUGAGGGACAUGCGCAAUGUUAGAGUGCAGAGCACAUAGAUGGUGGCAAAGACAGUUGAAUGCCACGUUUUAUUUCUGUUUAAAGGAAACAAUCGUUUUCUGUGUCUAUGACAGCAUAUGCUUUGUGAAUAUGUAUAUUGUGAAUCAAUGCUGAGACUUUUUGAAUAUAAUAAUAUAUUCAAGUAGAUAUAGCUCAGUUUGUCACAUGAAGUAAAUUCUUUUUUGUAAGUUUUUUGUUUUGCAAGGUGAUUUUAGAGUCAGAUCUAAUUUACUUCUAGUUCUUUGUAUUUAAAAGCUAGUCCCAACCUACAUCUCUUCCUUCACCAGAAGAUUAAAAUAUUUUUUCCAAUGAGUUUUAAAUGAAGUGGCAAUAUUAUAAAUAAUUGUUUGACUAGCCAGAGAGAGUCCAUAGAAACAAGGAAGACAGUUGUUUUCUUGAUAUCUUGUCUUCACAUAUAAAGGAAAAAUAGACAAAGCCACAACUAUUUAUUUAACAUGUGGGGGAAAUAAAUGAUAUUAAUCAUGGCAAAUGCUAAGAAAACUAUUGUCCUCAGACAUAAUUGUGUUUUUGGGAAUUGCUUGUGAUACCUAUAUCAAGUUAUAAUUUUUCAUGUGAGAUGUCUCUACAUGGUUCAUUUAAAAGAUAGAUUGGUUAUUUCAUACUGAUAAGCAUUUGUUACGCAUUUUUUUAGUGAUAAAUUUUAUUUGUACUGAACAUAACAUUAAGGAGAAUAAUUUCUAAAUUAUUUUCAAUGACUAACACGAUGUUUUAUUUAAAUGGAAGGCUUUGCUCCAAUGAGAUUAUUAAUACAAUAUGGAAAGGUCUAUUUUCCUCUAAUUGUCACAUUUAUUAUAUGAAAGAAUACACAAAAGUAUUUUUCAGUUAGCGAUUUUAACAAGUUUUUUUAAAAUUAUAGGUAGUAGUCAUUUUGUUUGCAUUGGUUAUAUUUAAAUAUAAAUCAACCAUUAAGACUAUUCUCAAGCUUUUUUUUUUAAACCGAAAAUGGCUCAUCCACAAAUCAUUUUUCCUUUUGUAUCAUGAAACAACCGGCACUGUACAGUUUUCAGUUUUAUGAUAUUUAGGAUAUUGCAUUAUCAACCUUCCAGAACUAGUUUUUAUGCUGUAAAUGCUAACAAUAGCUGCUCAGUAAUGGUGUUCCUAAAGGGCAUUGAAAAAGUUGAGAAAAGAAAAUUGAACAAGUUAACUUGACAUAUUACUCCCUUUAGCUGUGGUUGAUAGGAGUUAAGUAAGAGAGUUCUAGGUUACCCAAAAUACCAAGCUUUGUCUGCUUUCAAAGUUAAUUUUGAGAAACUGUUUCACAGAAUGUUUAUGGUUUCAUUUCUACCCACUCUGUUCCUGAGUUACUGUUACUGAUACUAAGAAAUUGCAGCUUUAUUUCUUUUUUAAAAAAUUCUUACAUGGUAAUUAGAAAUACAAAUGGAGAAGGAAUUAUGACUUAGUUGUAUAAUAUUCAUUGGUGAUUUUGAUUGGAAACUGAAGAUCUUGAUAAUUACAGUUACAUUUUAGAAAGGUGAACUCAGUUCCAACUGGAAAACUUUUGUUUUCAUUUGUUAAAGAAAUGUCUUAUGAACAAUGACCUACCAAUUCAGUGAAAUAAAAUGUAAAAUAUGUUAGUAUGUGUAGCUACCAUUGUAAAUUAUUUUUGUACCUAUUAGUUUAACAAUAUUCUUUAGAAUAGAAAUAAAUACUGCCCUGCCUUGUCCCUUUUUAAUUAUUUAAAGUAUAAGUCCUUAGGACAAACUUUAUUUCUCCUUUGUGAACAGGUACCUUGUACACUUACAAGAUUCAUAUUAAGAAACUAUAUUUUAUCAUACAAUGAAAACAAAUUUGUGAAAAAUGUAAGUGUUCAUAUAUAAAUCUUUGAAUAUCUGUUUCCAACAUUUCAUCUCUGUAGUUAUGCCUCCUUAUGAUACACAGGCUUCUGAGGAAUCUGUGAUGGUAAAAUAAAUCUCAGAAAUUAAUCUAAACAAAAUUCUACCCAAAUUUGUGAUUAUUAAAUUGUGGGUUCUAGUUUGAUUUUCCAGUUCCAAGAUAUUAAAGAAAUUCCUUCGGUUAUUCAUUGAAUACACAUGUUGAGGGUUGCGAGUAUAAUGAAAUAUUUUUAAUUUUUUUUUUAACAUUUGUUUUUGAGAGAGAGAGAGAGAGACCGUGAGCGGGGAAGCAGCAAAGGGACAAGGAGAAACAGAAUCUGAAGCAGGCCCUAGGCUCCAAGCUGUCAGCACAGAGCCCAACUCAGGGCUCAAGCUCAAGAAGCAUGAGAUCAAGACUUGAGCCGAAGUCAGAUGCUUAACUGAUUGAGACACCCAGGUGCCCCAAUGAAAUAUUUUUAAUAUUCAGGAUAGGAUAAAUGAACUAACAGCACCUCUACUCAGAGUCCACAGUCUUUAUGGAGAGAUGAAUAAUUUUAAGCUGAAAAUGCACUUUUAAAGAUAAGUAAGAAAUGACCUCUGGAUUUGGUGACUUUGAUAAGCAGUUUUGAUGGAGUAGUGAGGUUUGUUUGGAGUGGGUUUAAAUGAUGCUGAGAGGAAAGACUGGAGACUGGUCCUUCCAGGAGCACUGCUGAGCAGGGAAAGAGAAUAUGGAGGAGGCCGGGGGGUCAAAAGACUUUUUUAAGAUGGGAAAUGGAAGCAUUUUUAUAUGUGGGUGGAAAUGAUGCAGUAGAAAAAGAAAAACAUGCUGAAUUUCUCAUAGGAAUAAAAACUGCAACAGCCAUUUGGAAGUUUGGGGGUUUUGUUUUCUUUUUCUUUUUUAAAUGAAGUUAAGCACACACUUAACUAUGUGACUCAGCAAUAUUCCUUUUCGGUAUUCCUCCAAAGAAAAGGUGUGUCCAUACAAAGGCAUGCAUGAAUAAUAUAGCUUUUAUUCAUCAUAGUCCCAAACUGGAAACAACUCAGACCUCCACUGGUGAAUAAAGUAUAGUUCAUUCCAUAAAAUGGAACACAACUCAGCCUUGAAGAGUAUCCACCUACUGAUGCACACGAAAGGUUACAUGUAGGAUUCCAUGUGUAUGAAAUGGUAGAAAAGGCAUCUCUAUAGUGACAGGAUGUUAGUGGUUUCCAGAGGCCCAGGGCUGGGGGUGGGUAGGAAGAAAGGGGAUUUUCUGCAUAGAGCAGAGGGGCCUCUAUGUCAUGAUUGUAGUAAUAGCUACAUGACUAUAUUUUUAAAGUACUUUGAAAUUUAUGAAUUUUAUUAUAAAUUUCAUGUCAAUAAAUCUGUUUUUCAAAAGAUAAAUACUGCAGGGGUGCCUGGGUGGCUCCAUCGGUUAAGCGUCCGGCUUCGGCUCAAGUCAUGAUUUCACAGUCUGUGAGUUAGAGCCCCGUGUCGGGCUCUGUGCUGACAGCUCAGAGCCUGGAGUAUGCUUCAGAUUCUGUCUCCCUCUCUCUGCCCGUCCCCUGCUGUCUCUCUCUCAAAAAUAAAUAAACAUUAAAAAAAAUACUGCAAAGAGAAAUUGACAAAUCAUUUUAAUGGAAGAGUUUCAACAUUAGCAACUAUAGGUUACUUGUGGAUGCCUUAAACAAGCUGAGGAAGAUCCUUUCUAUUCCUAUUUUACUGAGAGUUACAGGAAUAGAAUUUCUGUUAGAAAAUAAUUUUAUCAAAUAUUUUAUAUGAAAGUAAUCUUUGAGUUUCCCCCUUUUUUGGUCUGUUGAUAUGGUAACUUGUCAAUAUUUUCUAAUGUUAAACCAACCUUGCAUUCCUAAGAUCAACUCUACUUGGUCAUAAUAUUUUAUCAUUUUUAUGUAUUGUCAGAUUUGAUUUGCCAAAAUUUUAUUAGGAAUUUUUAUGUCUGUGUUCUUAAGGGACAUUGGUCUAUAGUUUUUGUCUUCUGAUUUUGCUAUCAUCGUAAUACUAGCUUCAUAAAAUGAGAAGUGUUCAUCUAUUUUCUAGUAGCUUGUAUAUAGACGAUAUUAUAUUUUCUCCUUCAGUGUUUGGUAGAACUUCCCAGGGAAGCCUAAAAUUUUCUUUGUGAUAGGAGUUUUUACAAAAUGUUUAAUUUCUCUAAUAGGUACAUAGCUCUUCAAAAUAUCUAUUCUUUUUAAAUGUUUAUUUAUUUUGAGAGAGAGAGAACAUGUGCAUGAGCAGGUGAGGAGCAGAGAAAGAGGGAGAGAGAGAAUCCCAAGCAGGCUCUGCACUGUCAGCACAUGUGCAGCACAUCUGAGCAUGUGACCCUAGGAUCAUGACAUGAGCCAAAAUCAAGAGUUGGAAACUCAACCGGCUGAGCCACCCAGACGCCCCUACAUCACUUUGUCUUUAGUAUAAGAACCUUACUACAAUCAAUAAACCACAAAACUUUACUAAGUCACUCUAAUCCAAAGCAUUCCUCUUAAAUUAUAAAAGAUUUCUUAACCAUCCUCUUGUAAAUAAUUACAUAGUCUUACAUGCUAUUUCUUAUUAUUUUGAAUUGUUUAUUUUAACUCUGAUUAUUUAAUGCCAGCAUAUCAUUCAACAAAUGUAUCAGUAGUAAACACUUUUGUUUGGCAAUGUCAUCUCCCCAAAAUUAAGUUUGUUUCAAAAAGGGGCAAAGGUUAAUUCUUCUCUCUCAGAAAUUCUGGCCUAGUGCUAGGCACAAGAGCAGAAUAUCAGAUUAUUUGCUGAAUGAAAUAUCAUAGUUGUUUUGAAUUAUCACAGUGAUACAGAAGGAACAUAUUUUGAAACCUUAGACAACAUUUCCCCCUCAGCUCUUUUAAUAGGUAAAGCAAGGAGGAAAUAACAUAUUCUUGGUACAAAUAUUUUUUCUACUUACUGUUUGCUAUGGAAUGUAUUUUUAAUGAAAAUAAUAGUUUACUAAAUUCUAUUUAGCAAUGAUUAUAACUAAAAUGUGUAAGUUUUCCUUCUGUGUGUGUGUGAAUGCAUGUGUGAGUGUAUCAUUGCAUACUGGUAUUAUUUUGGCUAUAAUAUGCAUCUGAUAGGCUUGUGUGACAUAGUCUAGAAAUCUAACCAUUAUUUGGAAAUAUCUUUUUUAAAUAUACCAUGUAUGCUUUUAUUUAUAAAAACUGACAGGUAAAUUUGGUGUUUGGAUCUGUAUAGUCUGUCUUUCUAAAAACCAUCAGAUAGUCAUAUGUCCUAAAUGAUGUAGUUAUGAUGGCAGAAGACUUGAACAUCUUAUAUGUCAGGAUGUCUCCUAGCACAAUGAUGCUGAAUAUUUCUAAAUUAUUCUUGUUAAAACUGUCCUCACUAUUUCUUUAUUAUAUAUGAUGGUUUAGACAUGGGCCAAAAAACUAUACCCUCUUUCUGUUAAAGUUUUACUGGAACACUGCUCAUUUUUUUUGUGUAUUGUCUAUUGCUUUUUUACAGUGGUAGAGUUGAAUAGCUGUGACAGUAUGUGUGGUCCACAAAACUUAAAAUAUUUAUUAUCUAGCCCUUUAUAGGAAAUUUUUGCCAACUCUGGCUUAGAGUACUAAUUACAUAUAUGAGUCCAAAUCCACUUUGGAGUAAACUCUCUAGAUAUACAGAAGAUGCUAGAGGACAUCUAAUCCAAAACCUUUAAUUCACCAAUGAAGCUAUGACUCAAAGUAGAGAGGGGAUCCCUAGAUCAUAUAGAGGAGAAAUAUAAUGCAGUGGAUAAAAUUGAGAACUCAGCAGGCACACUGUCUGAAUUUAGAUCCUGGCUCUGUUAUCAAGUUAUUUAAUUCCUCUGUACUUCACUUUACUUCUUGGUAAAAUGAGCAUAAUAGUAGUAGCUAUGUCAUAGGAUUAUGAUCUAAUGCAUGUUUUUAACAACUCCUUAGCAAGACUUCAAUAAAUUAUAGCUAUUAGUAUUUGUUCUUGUUAGGCUAACUGGUGAUUGCAUAGCAUGGAACCUAGCCAUUGUGACUUCCAAAUUCAGACCUCUUUCAACUGCAUUAUUCAUUCAUUCAUUCAUUCAUUCAUUUAUUCAGUCACUCAGUAUAUCUUUAUUAAAUUCCUACUGUGGAUCAGACACUCAGGUGUGGUUAUAAUUUCUCUUUGAUUCAGACUUUUCCAAGAGUAACAGAUUAUAUUUUCCUAUUUUAUGGUUUCCUUACUGGUUAUAAAAUUAUAGAAAAAUACUGUACAAUCCAAUAUUAGACAUAUUUUUGUAGUUGAUUCAGUUUCCUCAUUUUUCCUUCCUGUUUUGACAGGUGAACUUUUUCAUACUUUAGAUUUUGUGAUAUAGACAGAUCAAUGUAUAAUAGGUUAGCAAUAUAUUUUUGAAUUGUUUUACAUUCUCGAGUGAUAAAUAAAAGGUUCUAUGUGACAAAAUUUUACCAAUAUGUUCUUUGUAGCAAAACUGACUUACCUGUUUUUUUCAGUAGAAUAUUAAGAGUUAUUACUUAAGUAAAUACAUUGGCACCUACUUAUCUAAUGAGUUUAAACAGGGUCAGGGCAGUUAGCCUCACAUAAACCUUGCAUUUUCAGCACUAGCAAUAUUUUAGCCUUUAAAAUCAGUUAACUUCCUUGGCAUGUUUCCCGCUCCAUAUUCUACUGUUGGCAAUAGGCCACCAUGAAUUGCUAAGCACCAUGGAAAUAAUUGGACUGUCAUGUUUGCUAAUAGAGUGCAUUUGAGAUACAUUGGGGGAGACAGUUAUUAAAAUGUUGGCUGUUAAAAUCUUAUCUAAUCCAGGGUUUAGAUGGCUUUGAUCUGCUAUGAGAAUAAGUAUCAUUUGUUCUUUGUUAAAUAACACAUUUAUAUUUAGCCUUUUCUUAAAAUGCUAAAGUUCAUCUUUUUAAAAGCAUCUCUAAAAUCCCUUCUCUCACAACAUCAAAUAUAAUUAACUACAGUUUCAUUAGAAAUCAUCAGAUAAUGGAAAUCAAAAUGCUUUGCUUUUUUGGUUAAAUGAUCUCCAUGUUAUGUCAACAUAACUGCCUACAUUUUCUUUUAACUUUCGUAAGAGCAUAUUUUUCAAAUUAAUAUUUUGCUUACUAUCAUGAAAUUAUUUUGGCCUGAAAAAAGUAUUAGAAUGGAUUAUGGGCACAGCAGAGACUGGUUAAUGUUCAACAAUGUUUCCUCUUCCUUGGCUAAGUAUAUUGCAGGGCAUUUAAUCAGCUUAACUAAUGAUAAGUGAGCAGGCCAAGGCAUAAAGUAGUAGAUGUGCCUUACCAAUGAGCUUUCUGUUCUCUUUCCUGGUGUCCCUGGAGCCUGGAUGCUUGAAUUUGUGAAAAGCAAAACCUCCCUACCAACCCACAUUGGACUGUGAGCUGAGGAAGAAAUCAGUCUUGCAUUACAUGACUGAAAUCAUGUGGCUGCUUAUAUAUAGCAUUAAGUACCCUGUGAAGUUUUCCCAUUUCUGUCCCCCUUUCUGAAUAAUUUUUGAUGUGCCUCGAUAGGCAUGUUCCUAAUUUCAUAGUAUUUUAUUAGAUCUCAUAUUGAGAAUCUAAGUAUAUUGUCUAGCACUAAUUCAAUUAAGAGAUUUUAUCAUGCACUUAAUUGAUAUGUUUAGCAAUUAGUAACACUGUUGGACACAAUAGGUAUCAUUUGACUAGCAGAUAUGUGUACUAUCAAGGAAAGCUUGUUUCUCUAGAUGAAGACCGGGACAUCUGAAGAUACCCAUUAGGGUACCAAUCUCAUCAGUGAGCUCAAAUUUGGUCACAGUUAUAUAUUUUGUAUAUUAUUCUAUAUGAUAAUUUUUAGCAUAUAUAACCUAAUUCUACCUUAAAUUUUGACACUUAGAGUGAUCUGUACAUUGGAAAGUAUUCCCAAGCUAUUGUAUACAAUAAACAUAAAACCUGCUGACUAGAAAAUUAAUAGAAAUGAGCAAAGGCACUUGAAUGUUCAAGUUGAAAGGAAGACAACACUAAUACACACAUAGGUAAGAUAAGAUUAGAUUAAAUUUCUGGCUUAUUUAGCCAAGGAUGUAAAAUAUUAGCAGAAGCAAAGAGGCCAUUUUGAACAGGAGCAGAUGGCUGCUUAUUUAGCAUUAGGUGCAAGGUUCUCCUGGCCCCUAAGUCAAUAACAAGGGAAGCUUAUCUUCCAGGGAAUCUGCAGUGUGGUGUAUGAUUCAAAAAAAGAUCAAUUUUUAUUUGUUACCAGUAUUUUAUUCUUGAAACUCAUCAUUCAGAAAGAGCAUGCUCAAACUAUUCAUGUUCCCCUGGUUAAAGAAAUGUUUACAGACUUUGGUUCUGCUGGUCCUUGACCAAAUGUUCAUCUUAAGGCUACAUCCCCACCUUGAGGAAGAAAGGUGAAUCAAGGCUCAGACACUUGAGCAGUAUCUCAGCCUUGGCUCAUUAGAAUUUCAGAAACCCCAAUUCUCUUGAAAGAGCUAAGUGCAGAAAACAAAAACAAAACAAA